GAGAAAAUCCCUCUGCAACAAUGGUGUCACCUCCUCUCAAUGGCAGAAACUACAAUGCUUGGGCACGGUCAAUGAAGCGUGUGUUGGUUGCGAAGAACAAAUUCAAGUUCAUCAAUGGUGAGAUUCAAGUUGCAGUGCCAGGAGAUGCAAACUAUGAGGCUUGGGAUCGAUGCAAUAGCUUAAUCAAUUCUUGGAUUCUCAAUUCGGUAACUUCUUCCAUAGCUAAUAGCAUAGUGUUUGUUGAAAAUGCAUGUGAUGCCUGGAAGGAUCUGCAUGAUAGGUUUUCACAGGGAGAUUUAGUUCGAAUUGCAGAAUUACAGAAUGAAAUAAGUAAUUUGAAACAAAAUACACUUUCUGUGAAUGAUUACUAUACUGAGAUUAAGACACUUUGGGAAGAAUUGGAACAAUAUCGUCCAAUUCCACGGUGUAGGUGUGAAAUGCCUUGUAGAUGUGAAGCCAUAGAGCAAGUUAAGCUGUUCAGGGAACAUGAUAAUGCGAUUAGGUUUCUUUUGGGACUGUAUGAGAAUUUUGGAGUGGUAAAAUCACAAAUCUUGAUGUCAAAUCCUUUUCCUUCUAUAGCUAAGGUUGUGUCUAUAGCUAUGCAGCAUGAGAGACAAUCAGAAACUGAAGAUAAUGAUGAUUCUAAAGCAUUGGUUAAUGCAGCAGAAGGGAAAAAGUCUUAUGGUAAAGGAAAAGCUUCAAGCUCAGGUUCUGGUUCUGGCCAUAAUGGCUUCAAUAACUCCAGUUCUAGUUACAAGAAUGCAGGAAAAUACUGUACUCAUUGCAAGAAGUCGGGGCAUACUGUAGAAGUUUGUUAUAGACUUCAUGGUUAUCCAACAGCUUUCAAGCCUAAAACUGGUUAUAAUAAUGUUAGUCAUGCUAACAAUGUUUCUGGAGGUUAUGACUCUGCAGAUGAUGCAGAUGACAGUUCAGUUGUGCACAAAGACAAUGUAGAUCUUUUUACAGCUGAUCAAUACAAGAGAAUCAUGGCAAUGAUUCAACAAGCAACAAUUUCACAGAAGAAUAGUUAUUCAAAGAGUGCUUCAGUCAACCAUGUGAUCAGAUCCAGAAUUUCUGAGGCAGAAACAGCAGGAUAUGGAUGUUCAAACCAAGAGGAGGAUUGGUUUGGGUAGCUUACAAGAAGAUGAGCUGUACCAUUUGGUUGUGACUGGUCCUUCUAGUAUUUGUUUUUCUGUCAAAAAUGUACAUACUGAAAUAAAUGGUUUAGGACAAGUGAUUCCUGCUAGUUCAUUGUGGCACUUUAGGCUAGGACACUUGUCACAUGAUAGGAUUCAUGCCUUAAAUGCAAUGUAUUCAGCUAUUACUGUAAAUAAAUCACUUGUAUGUGAUAUUUGCCAUUUGGCAAAACAAAAGAAGAAAAUGUUUUCAAACAGUUUACAUAAUGCAAAAGAUUGUUUUGAUCUUGUCCAUAUGGAUGUUUGGGGACCAAUUACUAUUCCUUCUGUACAUAAUCAUAAAUACUUCUUAACUGUCCUGGAUGAUCAUAGUAGAUUUGUAUGGAUAGUGUUGCUCAAGAGUAAGGCAGAGGUUCAACAACAAGUUAAGAAUUUUGUUGCUCUGGUCAAAACACAGUUUGGUAAAACUGUUAAGACAGUC